AUGGCAACCAGAUUAGAUCGUCUGGUUUUACUAUUAGAUACUGGAUCAACACCUGCCAUUCGGUCAACUGCUGCUCAACAAUUAGGUGAAAUUCAAAAACAACACCCCAGUGAAUUACAUAAUCUUUUGUCAAGGGUUAUUGUUCAUUUAAGUAGUAAAGAAUGGGAUACACGUCUUGCAGCCGGUCAAGCAAUUGAAGCAAUUGCUAAAAAUGUUCCGCAUUGGAAUCCAAUUGAAAGCGAAAAUGAUGAUAAUAAUAAUAAAUCACAACCAUUAAAUGAUAACAAAUAUUCAUUUGAUAAUUUUGAUAUUUCGAAUGUGAUACAAAAUGCAUUCCAACAUAAAAAUCUUAAAGAAAGAUUAGGUUUGGGUGGUGAAUUCAUGGAUGUCGAUAUAUUUGAUGAUAUUGAUAUAAGUGGAGAAAUCAACAACCCAUCAUCAUCAUCAUCAAAAACAAAACAAUCAACAUCACAAAAAAUUGAAUUAAACAUUCAUUUACAACAGCAGCAGCAACAAGCGCAACCAAUUACGUUACCGGAUGAAAUGUCUGGCUUAACUAAAUGUGCAAAACCUGGUGCGCGUAUUUUACACCUAUAUGGACGAUUGUUAAUGGAAUAUUAUGAACGUGUAUCGGGAGCUCGAAUGCACGCAGCAUAUGUACGACCAGGCGGAGUGUCUCAGGAUAUGCCAUUAGGCUUGAUGGAAGAUAUAUAUCAAUGGGCAACACAAUUCGGUGCUCGCGUAGAUGAAGUUGAAGAGGUUUUAUCAGCAAAUCGUAUAUGGAAAAAUAGGACUAUGGAUGUUGGUUUAGUUACUGCACAGCAAGCACUGGAUUAUAGUUUUUCUGGUGUGAUGUUACGUGGCUCAGGUAUCAAUUGGGACAUACGUAAAGUUCAACCAUAUGACGCAUAUGAUAAAGUUGAAUUUGAUGUCCCAGUUGGUACAAAAGGUGACUGUUACGAUCGUUUUCUUUGUCGUGUCGAAGAAAUGCGACAAAGUCUAAGGAUUAUUCAUCAAUGUUUGAACAAAAUGCCAACCGGAGCU